CAGCCUUGUCUGAAAAAGCAGCCAACAAGCAGCCUUGUCUGUGUUCUUUCUGUCUGUCUGUGUUCUAUUCUAUGUAGAAUAAUUGACCAUUGUAUUAGAACCUUGAUCCUGAUGGUGAAUGAGAAGUGACCGUCAAGCUUUAUGAAGUGCAGACACUUUCAGUUUUAGUGAGCGACACUUUUGAAUUGGAAUGAGACAUUGAAAACUGGCGACACCUUUUUAUAACCAAAUUUAAGCCUAAGCACUGGGUUUAUUUGAUAAGUUACAGAUGAAUCAAUUAUAACUGUCAACCAAUAAAGUAAAACCAAUUUUCUGUAUGUAUGAAUGAUUUGAAAAAAAAAAAAAAAAAAUUAAAACAGUACUACAGUUGAACAAUCAUGGAUAAUGAUUGUAUUAAUACUUCAGAACAACCAUACUGGUGAUAAAAAUGAUGCUAAAAUGAAUUCAUAGUCACAUGAAUUAAUACUGAAGUCAUCAUUAAUGCUAAAAAUGUAUAUGGCGGAAAACACUCAAGUUCCGCUCUGAGACCCCCAAUUUGGCCAGCUUUCAAAAUUGUCUGAUAUGCACGUGUGAUACACCAUCAGCUUAAAAUCUCAAUUUUCUGGGGGAAGAAAAAUUUUGAACAGGAGGGCAUUUAAAAAAAAAAAAAAAAAAAAAAAUUAAACAGCAAAACCCUAUCUGGAGGUGAGAGCACGCGAGAGCAGAAUUACAGACGCCAUGACAUUAACGAGAUAUGAUCGCGUAUUUACCUCAUUUCGAUCCAAAAACUCCAUGUAGCAUGUAUCACUGAGUGUCAAGACACAGCUGUGAAUGGCCACAGCUGGAUUUUUUUGGGGAUUUUAUGGGUGAAACGUGGUAAUAUAACCAGGGUCGCAAUGCAGAAAUCGCAGACAUCAAGGAGUGGUUGAGAUUUUCCUUUUCAUAUAUUUCCCCUUUUAAAUGUUUAAAAAAAAAAAAAAAAAUUCUUUGUUUGGAUCGAUUAUUUAUCUAACAUAUCGUAGAAAAUGUGACAGUAACAAAAAAAAUACAACCAAGCGAUAGUUCGGAGGUAGAUAUCCGUGACUUAUUUACAGACGCCAUUUUUUUCACUGUGACGUAAUUUGUUUAAAAGUUUAAAAUAUGAGAGUGAAUAAUUUUUUAACGUCUUUUUUUUUAUUUUUUAUUUUUAUGAAAUAGUAGACAUCAAUUAAUGAUUCUAAGCUAAAAAUGAAAGACAUUUUGAAUAAUAAAUAUAAUUAAUUACCUUCGUUUUAUGGCUGGAUUGAAACAAAAGUGGUUGCGCGACGUCUGUAACCGGGGGUUUCCAGGGUAAAACGGACAAAUUAAAAAUAGUUUGGGGGCUUAAUGCGCCAUGAAUCUGCUAUGGCAGCAUAUAGACAUAUUGGUCUGUCAAACACAACAGUUGUUUUGGCUUAAAAUACAGCAGUUUCUUUUAAAGAGGAGUGCAAGAGCAGAAACUGCUUUUUCAGUCUAUAUCGUAUACUUACAUCACCUAGAUGUAAAACGAGUUACUUAAAGCCUAAAUUCAUAUUGAUUGCAGUUCGUUCAAUUGUAUUUAAGUACCUUUUUUUGUUUUGUUUUACGCUUUCUUCCGUGACGUUUUCUUUCCUCUCAUACUCUAUACUAAAGCAGACAUGGAAGGGCUUUUAUAUUAAGAGAGAUAAUGUAUUCCCAGAAGUAUUUACUGCCCUCACAUUCCCCUAAAGAGCCCCAGUGGAAAAGCAGACAAUUUAUUUUGUAGGACAGUCAAGGCAAUAAAACCAGUGUGGCCUGGAGUAAAUGGACAAUACAAUUGAUAUGGGGCUGCCUAAGUAAAAAACUAACCAAUCAAAAUAGCAUCAAAGACAGAAAGAUAACAUAAAACUAUGUGCUAAUGCACAUAGGAUCUUGUAGUAAGGCAAACUGUGACCGAUCAGUGUUUGGUCCCCCCUGUGAGGGGAGUGGAAACAACAAAGGCACCCCCUUGCAGUAGUAGAGAUCUAAUAUUGGCAACCAUAAGCAGCUGGCAGGCCGCCUCCUGUAAUUUUAGCGCACACGGAUGCGGAGGAAAGGUUUAAUGGGCAUUGGUGGACGUGCCCCCCUCGUGAGGGCGUAAAGACAGCAGAGCGGAGAGGAGAGUGAGAAUGGGGAGGUGAAACGCAGAGAGGAAGGCAGGAAGGACGAGAGGGCUGCUUUCGGCUUCACUAAUAAAGUCAGGCAACUAUGAGCAGCAGCAUGACUCCUCUAGCACAUGGACUCUAUCUGACUCUGUGCUUUUACUAUGGCUUGGCCCAAUCGUCUUUCCUGGACAGCUUUAAUUCAUUCCCUGCAGCGCUCGCUCCACAGGAACAGCAGAGGAGGUUGAACCCAUGCUGUUUAGUGAGUCCACCUCCACCCCCACUCUUCCCUCCACCCUUUUCACUUUGGCGCCGCCACACUCAUGAUGGUGAUUCAGAGUCUCCAUCGGGAGGCAAAGGUUCCACCUGUGCCCACGGCCCCCCUGGGCCUGUUGGUCCCCCUGGACCUCAGGGUCCACCAGGAUUACCAGGUGUUGCAGGGUCCAAGGGAGAAAAGGGAGAAAUCGGAAGACCUGGACAAAAGGGUAGGAAUGGUCCACCUGGACUUCCAGGAAAGCAGGGACCAGUUGGAUGGCCAGGACCAAGUGGGCCCAAAGGAGAGAAAGGUGAUCCAGGCAUAAUGGGCUUACCCGGAGGUAGAGGACCAAUUGGACCCAGGGGUUUGACCGGGUAUAAGGGUGAGAAGGGUUCACAAGGGGAACAUGGUGAAACUGGCUCUAAAGGUGACAAAGGCACAAUGGGUUUCCCUGGAAUGCUUGGGCAAAAAGGUGAAAUGGGUCCAAAAGGAGAACCUGGUGUUUCAGGAACCAGAGGACCCACUGGUCGACCGGGCAAGAGGGGCAAACAGGGAAUGAAAGGAGAAUCAGGCAGCGGUGGUUCAAGGGGGCCUGCCGGUCCACGGGGAGCUCCCGGACUCCCCGGUCCUCCAGGUCCUCCUGUCACAGGACUUCACUUGGUUGGAGCCAAAGGUGCCCGCGGGGCACCUGGGCAGCCUGGUCAUUGUAGCUGCAGUUCUCCAAGUGGCUCUCUCUUAGAAGAUUACUCCAGAGGAAAGACUCAAAAUCUCAAAGUACCUGCGAUCUUUGUGGUCAGCAACGAAGAGGAGCUCCAGCGUCUUCAGACAGAGAACGCGUUUGCAUUUCGCAAAGAUCAGAGAUCUCUCUAUUUCAAAGACACUAGCGGCUGGUUUCCAAUUCAGACCUUCCCUUUCCAGAUGACGGCAUUCCAGUCAAUGGAGAACCCGCCAGAUGAGGAUGGUUACUGCGGUGACGGCGUCGUGCAGCACGAACUCGGCGAGGAAUGUGAUGACCGCAACAAAGUUGUCACUGAUGGCUGCAUCAAGUGCAAACAUGCCUUCUGCGGCGACGGUUAUCGUCUUGAGGGUGCUGAAGAAUGUGACGGUAAAGACUUUGGAUACCAGACGUGCCACUCAUAUCUUCCGGGGUCAUACGGUCACCUGAAGUGCACGCCUUACUGCGCUAUCGAUUCCACAAACUGCAAGUACUUUACCUGAGUGGAAAGCUGGACCUUGAGUCCGCAUCCUUUUUGCGUGGGACACAACCUCGAAAUAUACUUUUCAUGCCAACCAAAAGAACAAACAAAGACAGGGAAGAUGCAGCAGAUGAACUGAAGUGAAGAAUAUACUGUAGAUAACUCCAGCGUACUGCUGCCGUGUUGAAUCCCUCGGAGCGUUGCUAUACAAGCAGAGGGGAAAUUUUUCACCCACGCGUCGGAAACAGCAGGACAGCUGCACUCCGUCUUAACCGGCCCGGCCUCCUUAUUGCGCCUCAACGGACACCAAUCCGUCUGUGUGGGCAACAGAUGCGUGCCAGCCAUGCUGAAGAGUUUCCAGGGGCAUUAUCAUCUCUACCUAGUCACUAUUCAAAGAAAGAAAGAAAAAAAAAAGAUCAAGUAGAAACUGGAGAGCUAGACUGAGGCCUCAGGUAUUGCACCGGUGCGGCUACAUUUGCAUGAGGCUGGCCACCAUUAAGCAUGUAUCACUUGACCUCUUACUUCUUUCCAUAUUGUACUCUUAACCUCAUGUUGUCAUACGCAAAGAAGCAAGUUCAAACUAUUCUCGACUGUUAGACUACGCGCUCGCGACACAGGUGCUGCUUCUCCACUCGACACACACAUUUGGUCAACAUAUCCAAGAAAAACUCUCAGGAACAAGCAGAUCACAUAGACUAUCACAAGCAUCCACAUUGUUCUGUCGCAGACACACAGAAAAAAAAAGUGAUCACCAGACCAUGAAAUACUAUCCGACAUGCUUAAAACUUAUUUAAACACAACUAAAAUGCAUUUUAAACAUAAAAAAUGAAUAAAACCUGUGUAUAGGUGGAUUACUGUACUAUAUAUGUGAAGGCUUGAAACUGUUAUGUCCUUAAACUCAGCGCACAGAUGAGGCUGAAAUAGGCCGUAGCUGCUAAAUAGGCAAUAAAGCUGUUCUAUGGUCCUUACUGUAUUUACUCCAUUACCUCGUUAUCCAGUCUUUGUGUCUUACAGUCAAGCGAGUGUGUUUAGACGUGUAGGACGACCCCCAAAAAAUAAAAGAUUUAGUCGACAUAAGCUUCCACUUUCCAUAAGCUAGUUUCCAAAGGAGAGCGCUCCUCAAUAAGACUGUUACCAUGUUGUGUCCGCAUGCAUGUGCUUAAUUUUUGUUCUGUUUGUAGCUCAUCAGCGUAGCAGGCGUCUUAAUGAAAGUGUUGCAGAGUACAGUAGUCAUGUGAUGCAACGUACACAACUGUGCUGAAUGUUCCCGCUUGUGAGCACUCAACCACCAUGCUGUAUCCCGAAAUGAAAUGUGCACAACACAACACGCAUGUGGCAACUCUGUAAGGCUUGAUAUAAGGUGUAGUAUGCGCUGUGACCGGGAUUAGUGAACAAUUGUUAUGUGUCGUUACUCUGAUAUGAUUUAUACGGAUGUUCAAGAAAUACAUUAAAGGAUUCAAAAAUAUUGUUGGGUUAUUUUCUUGAUUUACUACCAUUUAGCUCAUUUAUAGUCAUUUACGCUGCACUGUGGUUUUUGCCAGCCCUUUUAAUUUUUGUUUUAGUCUUCAUCUUUUGGACGAUAAUACUUAUUAGUAGAGAUGUCCCGAUCCGAUAUUUGGAUGGGAUCGGACGCCGAUAUGGGCAAAAAAAUGCGCAUCGGUAUCGGAUCGGCCAACACGGAAAAAUUCC